ACAGAAAGAGAGAGAGAGAGAGAGAGAGAGAACACAACAGGUGUUGGAACCGAAACCUAACACGAACAUGGACGCAGUUGAGUGAAACUAAAGUUAAAACAUCUGUGUGUUUUUUCUUCUUUUAUUUUACCCUCAGAGCUGAGGUUUCUUUCCUGCGCGUGUUCACCUUUACCGAUAUGACGGUUUACUUCCGCAACAAACGCUUUGAUCAGCUGCUGUCACGCGCACCCGAUUCCGUCUCGUCCGUUUAAACAUCGGCGAAAAGAUGAAACAAGCCGGAGUAACAUUGUUGCACUUUUUACUUUUAUAUCAAACAGUUUUUACGGUUGCCAACAACACUUUCCUCGGAGAUUUGGGGGAGAAACUGGUGCUGCAAUGCCCCGACCUGCCCGUCAACGCCACCCCUCGUUUAGUGACCCGUUGGAUAAAGGAUGGGGUGGUGUUGGCCACCCAUAACCACUCUCAACCUGUCCCAGUAAUGAACCAUAUAUCCAUCCUGGAUGACAGCAGCUUGAACAUCAACGGCUUGAUGAUGUUAGACGAUGCGGAAUACGAGUGCAAGACCAUACCGGAAAGUACCGCAACGCCCAGUAAGAUUCGACUACUGGUCGCAGGCGGUCCGAAGGACAUGGAGGUAAAGGUAAAUCCAGCGACGCGUCUCGCAAACGGAACGUGGUUUGUAGUGAAAGGGUCCAGGGUUACUUUUAACUGCUCCAGCAAUUCGCACCCAUCUCAGAACCUAAACUGGACUGUGGAGGAUGUCUCUACAAAACACAACAUAACCAGGGCGUCUGGGAGUAAAUCAUAUCUGGACUUUGAGACCAUAAACAUUACACCUGAUGAUCAAACAAACUACACGUGCAGCGCUGAGAACACCGUCUCCAAAAAAGUCGAGGCACGAAGACUGGAACUGCUCGUCUACUACGCACCAGCGUAUCAUCCUGACUGCUUUUGGCAUCACGGCCGUCAGCUCGAUCAAGUCCUCUUUAACUGCUCCUGGUACGGUGCCUACCCGACCCCCACGCUAACGGUGUCAUUAGAUGGCCAGGAGGACGGGAAGCCUGUACUGAGCAAAUCACAGGUGACGGACAACUUUGAGCUGUCUCUGAACAGGAGCAUGCUCUUUGAGGGCCAGAAGAUCAUCUGUGUAGGACAACACGUAACGCAGAACCCUGGGGACAAUAAAUUUUGCACCUUCACACUUGCGGCUCCAUAUCCUCUCGGUGCACCAAUGGUCGCCGCUAUGGAAGGCUCGAACAUCACCCUCACAUGCUCGGAGUCCAAGUCUCUGCCUCCUGCUAAAACCACGUGGAAGCGAGGAAUAGAGCAGGUGCCCAUUGUUCCCAGCUCCAAGUACAUCGUGGUUGAGGAGGGCCCUCAACUAAGCCUCACCAUUGUCAAUGCCACCAAGGAAGAUCAGGGCGUGUAUUUCUGCUGGAGUGAAAAUGCGCUCGCUUAUAAAGCGCUGGAGGUCUACCUUACUAUCCGACCUUCUGGGUCUAUUUCUGGAGUCGUUUUCGGGAUCUUCAUAUCAAUUUUGAUUUUAGCAGCUGGAAUCACUGUGGGCUAUCUCAUGUACACUCGCCGUGACAGGAUAUGCCUAAGUUUUACAUUUGGUCGCUCAACAAAUGACAACGGAGACGUGUUGAAUCUUAUCGAGUCUGACGAGGAAGACAUUCUCCACGACGCCGUCCCGAGACUCCCUCCACUCACUAAUGGUCACGGUCCUGCUCCAGCAACAACGCUUGUCGAAAUUCACCGCAUUCAGUCCAGUGAUCAUGAAGAUAAUGUAAAUGAUACAGACCAAGACCAUCAUACACAAGACCUGAACCAUCUUCACACUCCGGAUCACACGCCGGAUCACACACCAGGUCACACGCCAGCUCACCCACUGGAUCACUUUGAGCCAGAUGAAACCCCCAGAAGGGGACUUGCUGGACUUUUGUAACUGUACCAGAUUUCU